ACAGAUGUGAGUAGGUUUGAAGUUUAACUUUGUUAGUGUAUCUCGGGACUUCGCGCGGGCUUGUGACGGUGUGUUCUGAAAAUGUUUCACAUUCAACAAAAUCUCGACCCGAAUUAUUAUUGUUUGGAUCAUUUGAGUGAUUGUUUGCAAAAUGUACAGAGUUCUUCGUUAUUAACGCAGAGACUGUUUAGCCCAUAUUAUCCUCAUUUGUUUUUUCCUUUGCCUUUGAAGAUUUCACAGCCGAGACCUGAGAAGCCGCCAUAUUCAUAUAUAGCGCUAAUUGCAAUGGCAAUAUCUUCUAGUCCAAAACAAAGACUUACAUUGAGCGGUAUAUAUAGGUUUAUCAUGGACAAUUUUCCAUAUUACAGAGAAAACAAGCAAGGCUGGCAAAACUCCAUACGUCACAACCUAAGUUUAAAUGAUUGCUUCGUAAAAGUACCUAGAGAAAAAAUACAUGGAGGUGGAGAAACUGGUGGUAAAGGAUCUUACUGGAUGUUAGACCCAAAAGCCUCAAACAUGUUUGAAAAAGGAAACUAUAGAAGGCGAAAAACUAGACGCCAAAGGCUAGGGGAAUGUCAUGCAUCAAUAUUUCAAAAUGAAGCACUUUCACUAGUCACCAAAUCAUCAAGAGAGGAUGAUAGCAUCGAUGUGCCUAUAAACAUAUCAGAAUCCGUAAAAAGGCUAAAAAAUUCAAACUUUUUUACCAUAGAACAUUUAAUAAAAAGUGACAAUUGUAGAACUGAAAAAUCUGAAGAGGUCUUAAAUGUAUCUAAAAGCCAAUGUACAAUAGAAAAUAUCGAAUAAGAAAGUUAACAGGACUUUCCGAUAUGAAUACCAAAGAUGUUAUGUUAACUGAUCAAUUUAAGCAAGUUAUUUUAAAAUUAAGGUAAACGUAUUUUUCUUAUCUGCAAAUGUAAAUUAAUAAUUAAUAGGAGAAAUAAAUGUAAAAUUAUUUCGUAUGACUCAAAAAAAAAUUAAACACUUAAGCUUGAGCUGCAUUGGAAAUAAAUUAUCGUUUAAUGUGA